AUGCAACAGAAGACCCAGCAACAGAAGACCCAGCAACGAGCCAGAAGACCUAGCAACAGAAGACCCAGCAACAGAAGACCCAUGCAACAGAAGACCCAUGCAACAGAAGACCCAGCAACAGAAGACCCAGCAACAGAAGACCCAGCAACAGAAGACCCAGCAACAGAAGACCCAGCAACAGAAGACCCAAGCAACAGAAGACCCAGCAACAGAAACCUAGCAACAGAAGACCCAAGCAACAGAAGACCCAAGCAACAGAAGACCCUAGCAACAGAAGACCCUAGCAACAGAAGACCCAGCAACAGAAGACCCUAG